CUUCAUUUGGAAUCGAAAGUAAAUUUUCAAUUAAGUGUAUGAAUCAUGCCCUUUAGCAGCAAGGAACGCCAUUGUGAGCUCUAACGACUUCGCAACGUAAAAGGUGUCAUCGAAGAAUAUCGCAUCCAUCUGUGUUUUUUCAGUAUUUUUAAUCGUAAGGUAUUUAUAAUAAAAUGACACAAGAACCCGAUAUGCCCACAUUCAAAUGUGUACUAGUGGGAGACGGAGGUACAGGAAAAACAACAUUCGUGAAACGACAUUUAACCGGCGAGUUCGAGAAGAAAUACGUUGCCACCUUGGGAGUGGAGGUUCAUCCCUUAGUGUUCCAUACGAACCGAGGACCAAUUCGUUUCAACGUGUGGGAUACGGCGGGACAAGAAAAAUUUGGCGGUCUUCGCGAUGGUUACUACAUUCAGGGUCAAUGCGCAAUUAUUAUGUUUGAUGUUACUUCACGUGUUACGUACAAAAAUGUACCCAACUGGCAUCGUGAUCUUGUUAGAGUCUGUGAAAAUAUUCCAAUAGUUUUAUGUGGCAACAAGGUUGAUAUUAAAGAUAGAAAGGUUAAGGCAAAAAGCAUCGUAUUCCACAGAAAAAAAAAUUUACAAUAUUACGAUGUAUCGGCAAAGAGUAAUUAUAAUUUUGAAAAACCGUUCUUGUGGCUGGCCCGUAAGCUAAUAGGCGAUCCCAAUCUGGAAUUUGUAGCUAUGGUCGCAUUGGUACCGCCAGAAGUCCAAAUGGAUCCCACUUGGCAACAACAAAUCGAAAAAGAUCUUAAAGAAGCUCAAGAAACUGCUUUACCAGAAGAUGAUGAUGAUUUAUAGACUUUGUACUCUAUUAUAAUAUGGUUCCUUUUUUGGUUUCACACAUUGUUUUGUGCCAUUUUUAGGAUAAACCAUUUUCAGACCGUAAUCUUACGUUCGUGUAACUUAUUUAGAAAUUCUCUUUAUUAAAUCAUAAGUUGUGUCAGCUUAUUAAAUGGAAUUCCUCAAUUUUUCACUUUUAUAUGACUUUGGCCGUUUUGAAAUUUAUGUAUUGAUCCGUUUAUGUUGCAAUUCAAUAAAUAACUA